GCAGUGUGAUGUUUGGAGUCAGAAAUGCCUUAUGUGGAUCGUCAGAAUCGCAUUUGUGGUUUCCUAGAUAUUGAAGAAAAUGAGAAUAGUGGGAAAUUUCUGCGGCGGUACUUCAUUCUGGACACACGAGAAGACAGUCUGGUGUGGUACAUGGAUAACCCACAGAAUCUUCCUUCUGGAUCUCCACCUGUUGGAGUCAUUAAACUCACCUAUAUUUCAAAGGUUAGCGAUGCAACUAAGCUGAGGCCAAAGGCAGAAUUCUGUUUUGUUAUGAAUGCAGGGAUGAGAAAAUACUUUCUACAAGCCAAUGAUCAGCAGGACCUAGUCGAAUGGGUAAAUGUUCUGAACAAAGCUACCAAAAUCACAGUACCAAAGCAGUCAGAUCCUCUGUGUCAAAUGGAUAAUGCAAAUCGUCAAGCUGAAAGCCCAGGUGGAAAGAAGCAAGUGUCUUACAGGACAGAAAUUGUUGGCGGUGUUCCUAUCAUCACACCUACCCAGAAAGAAGAAAUCAGUGAGUGCAGUGAAGGGAGUGAUAGGAAUUAUUUGAAACGGACGCAAAGUCACCUUCCUUAUUUUCCUGCUAAGCAUCCCCCAGAUAAUGCUGUUAUCAAAGCUGGCUACUGUGUAAAACAAGGAGCAGUGAUGAAGAACUGGAAGAGAAGAUACUUUCAGCUAGAUGAAAACACAAUAGGAUAUUUCAAGUCUGAACUGGAAAAGGAACCUCUCAGGGUUAUACCACUUAAGGAGGUCCAUAAAGUCCAGGAAUGCAAACAAAGUGAUAUAAUGAUGAGAGACAAUCUCUUUGAAAUUGUAACGACUUCUCGAACCUUUUAUGUACAGGCGGACAGUCCGGAAGACAUGCACAGUUGGAUAAAAGCAAUUUCUGGGGCCAUUGUAGCACAGCGGGGACCUGGAAGAACAGCAGCUUCCGAGUAUACCGAGUCUUAUUCCGAACCCAACCAUGCUCUCCGUUCUGCCAUCCCAGCCCCAGCCACCUCACAUUCCACAGCCGCUCACGGCAGCCCUCUGGUCCCAAACCCUCACGCCAAAUACCCUGCCUUGGAGAAGCGAGGAUUUCACGAAUCUUUUACCAAGACCAAGCCAGGGAGCUACAAGAUCCAGGUUGUCUCUUCAAGAGAAUCAGCUUCCAAAGUGACUGCACGGGGCCUCUUGGAACCCCAGAGUAAAAAUGGCACUCAGGAACAGGAUCCUGGCCUUGUGGAUCUGGAUGACGCAAGCCUUCCAGUUAGUCAUGUGUAGUGAUGGAAGUGUUUGGAGAAUGAUCCAUUUGUUCGGUCCUCUAAUUUCCUUGCUCGGACUUUUAACCAAAGAAAAUGAUAGGAAAU